GGUGCUGAUGCUGCGGCUCAUUAGCUUCUGCCAGCACAGGCUAUGCGUUUUCUUGCAUCCUGCUGCUGAAUGACAAGACCGAUUCUGCAUAGGAUGCUGCAGUGACGGGUCGGCACCGCUGCGCUCACCCGUCCGUCAGCCUCCACCUGUUUGUGGCACAGAACUUCCAGUCCUUGUGGGCAGUGCAUGCCCGGGCAGCAGGGAGAUGAUGCCAUGCUAGAAGCUCAGGUUGCCGCCUGCAGCCAGGGGAUUAUGGUGGCACUAGCUGCUGUCAUCGGCUCUGCUGGGAGCGGGGACAUCAGGUGCUGACAGCGGAGGAGGAGCGGACACCCUGCCAGGAGAAGACCUUGUGCCACCCCCUGUACACACACAGCAGUGUCCUUCUAGUAUCAUGGCGGAUAGGACUGCUCCUGGAUGCCAGCUGCGCCUGGAGUGGGUAUACGGCUACAGGGGGCACCAGUGCCGCAACAACCUGUACUACACAGGCGGCAAGGAGGUGGUCUACUUCGUGGCCGGGGUGGGGGUGGUCUACAACACCCGGGAGCACAGCCAGAAAUUCUUCCUUGGCCACAACGAUGAUAUUAUCAGCCUUGCUUUACAUCCAGACAAAACCCUUGUUGCCACAGGACAGGUCGGAAAAGACCCUUACAUAUGUAUCUGGGAUUCAUACACGGUGCAGACAGUUUCCAUCCUGAAAGAUGUGCACACGCAUGGAGUAGCUGGCUUGGCGUUUGAUUCAGAUGGACAGCGCCUCGCCUCUGUGGGUCUGGAUGCCAAAAACACAGUUUGCAUUUGGGAUUGGCAGAAAGGCAAAGUAUUGGCAACCGCUACUGGCCACUCCGACAGGAUCUUUGAUAUCUCAUGGGAUCCGUAUCAGCAGAACAGAUUGGUCAGUUGUGGGGUCAAACAUAUCAAGUUCUGGACUUUAUGUGGAAAUGCCCUCACAGCAAAGAGAGGGAUUUUUGGGAAAACUGGAGAUUUACAGACCAUAUUGUGCUUAUCGUGUGCAAGAGAUGACGUCACUUACUCAGGUGCAUUAAAUGGGGACAUCUAUGUGUGGAAGGGUCUGAUGCUGGUCCGUACCAUUCAAGGAGCUCACAGUGCUGGGAUUUUUAGUAUGUAUGCCUGUGAAGAAGGCUUUUGUACUGGUGGAAGAGAUGGCUGCAUUCGUCUAUGGGACAACGACUUCAAAGCCAUCACUAAAAUUGAUCUUCGUGAAAGUGAGCAAGGUUAUAAGGGCCUCUCCAUCAGGAGCGUGUGCUGGAGAGGAGAUCGGAUUCUAGCCGGGACACAGGACAGUGAAAUCUUUGAAGUGAUGGUGCGGGAACGGGAUAAGCCCAUGUUAAUAAUGCAGGGACAUUGCGAGGGAGAGCUCUGGGCCCUCGCUGUGCACCCGAAGAAACCGUUAGCUGUUACCGGCAGUGAUGAUCGAUCUGUGAGGUUGUGGAGUCUUGCAGACCAUGCUUUGAUAGCUCGCUGUAAUAUGGAGGAAGCUGUGCGGAGUGUGGCCUUUAGUCCAGAUGGAUCUCAGCUUGCCCUUGGAAUGAAGGAUGGUUCAUUCACUGUUCUCAGGGUCAGGGAUAUGACAGAAGUCGUUCACAUUAAAGACAGAAAAGAAGUCAUUCAUGAAAUGAAGUUUUCCCCAGAUGGCUCCUAUCUUGCCGUGGGUUCUAAUGAUGGUCUGGUGGACGUGUAUGCGGUUGCUCAGCGAUACAAAAAAAUUGGGGAAUGCAAUAAGUCUUCGAGUUUUAUAACCCACCUUGACUGGUCUGUGGAUAGCAAGUACCUGCAAACGAAUGACGGGGCUGGAGAAAGAUUGUUUUACAAGAUGCCAUCUGGGAAACAUCUGACAAAUAAAGAUGAAAUAAAAGGCAUACAUUGGUUUUCUUGGACGUGUGUGGUCGGACCAGAAGUCAAUGGAAUAUGGCCAAAAUAUACAGACCUCACUGAUAUCAAUUCAGUGGAUGCCAAUUUUAAUAGCACAUCGCUGGUCACUGGAGAUGAUUUUGGGCUUGUAAAAUUAUUCAGGUUCCCUAGCCUUAAAAAAGGAGCCAAGUUUCGGAAAUAUGUCGGCCAUUCAGCACAUGUCACAAAUGUACGCUGGUCAUAUGACUUCCAGUGGGUUUUGAGCACCGGAGGAGCUGACCACUCUGUUUUUCAGUGGAGAUUUAUUCCUGAAGGAAUGGCAAAUGGUAUCAUUGAAACUCCACCUCAAGAAGGGAUCAUUGAUUCCUGCAGUGAAGAGUCGGAUUCAGAUGUAUCAGAUGUCCCCGAACUAGACUCUGACAUCGAGCAGGAGACACAAAUCAAUUAUGAUCGCCAGGUUUACAAAGAAGAUCUACCUCAGCUCAAGCAGCAAAAUAAAGAAAAGCAAAACUCAUUGCCUUCUCUUAAAAGAGAAAAAGCCCCAGAAGAAAGUUUGAAGUUAAAGUUUGUACAUGGCUACAGAGGCUAUGACUGUAGAAACAAUCUCUUCUACACUCAGACUGGUGAGGUGGUGUACCAUGUGGCAGCAGUGGCGGUGGUGUAUGACCGGCUGCAGCAUUCCCAAAGACUAUACCUGGGUCACGAUGAUGACAUCCUCAGUCUGGCCAUCCACCCAGUGAAAGAUUAUGUAGCAACUGGCCAGAUCGGACGGGAUGCUGCAAUUCAUGUAUGGGAUACGCAGACAUUGAAGUGUUUAUCACUGUUAAAGGGACAACACCAAAGAGGGGUGUGUGCGCUGGAUUUUUCAGCUGAUGGGAAAUGUCUGGUGUCUGUUGGCUUGGAUGAUAACCACACAGUUGUGUUCUGGGACUGGAAAAAAGGAGAGAAAAUUGCAACAACGCGGGGCCACAAAGAUAAAAUAUUUGUUGUGAAAUGUAACCCCCAUCAUACUGAUAAGCUGGUCACCGUGGGCAUGAAGCACAUCAAGUUCUGGCAACAAACAGGGGGAGGAUUUACCUCUAAAAGGGGAACUUUUGGAAAUAUUGCAAAACUAGAGACAAUGAUGUGUGUUUCAUAUGGACGGACAGAGGAUUUGGUGUUUUCCGGAGCAGCAACUGGAGACAUUUAUGUUUGGAAAGACACCCUUCUUCUUAAAACCAUUAAAGCCCACGAUGGACCUGUAUUUGCCAUGUACGCAUUGGAUAAGGGCUUUGUAACUGGAGGAAAGGACGGAGUGGUGGAGCUCUGGGAUGAUAUGUUUGAAAGGUGCCUGAAGACAUACGCCAUUAAAAGAUCUGCAAUUUCUUCUAAUUCAAAAGGCUUACUUUUAGAAGAUAAUCCUUCAAUUCGUGCCAUCACUUUGGGACAUGGACACAUAUUGGUUGGGACCAAGAAUGGAGAAGUUCUAGAAAUUGAUAAAAGUGGUCCAAUAACGUUGCUUGUCCAGGGUCAUAUGGAAGGAGAAGUCUGGGGUCUGGCGACCCAUCCACAGCUACCUAUAAGUGCCACAGUGAGUGAUGACAGAACACUCCGGAUAUGGGAACUCUCCUCCCAACACCGCAUGCUGGCUGUGCGGAAGCUGAAAAGGGGCGGACGAUGCUGUGCCUUCUCUCCAGAUGGGAAAGCCUUAGCUGUAGGCCUGAACGAUGGCAGCUUCAUAGUGGUAAAUGCUGACACUCUUGAAGACAUGGUGUCUUUUCACCAUAGGAAGGAAAUGAUAGCUGACAUAAAAUUUUCGCCAGAGGCUGGAAAAUAUCUGGCGGUGGCCUCUCAUGAUAACUUUGUUGAUAUCUAUAAUGUCCUGACAAGCAAGAGAGUUGGCAUCUGCAAAGGAGCCUCCAGCUAUAUCACCCACAUUGAUUGGGACUCUAGAGGUAAAUUGCUGCAAGUUAAUACAGGUGCCAAAGAACAAUUAUUCUUCGAAGCUCCAAGGGGAAAAAGAUAUGUCAUUAAAUCUGCCGAGAUGGAGCGGAUAGAAUGGCACUCCUGGACCUGCGUCCUUGGCCCCACGUGUGAAGGAAUCUGGCCUGCUCAUAGUGAUGUGACGGACGUAAAUGCCGCCUCCCUUACCAAAGACAGAAAAUCUUUAGCUACAGGAGAUGAUUUUGGCUUUGUGAAACUCUUUUCCUAUCCAGUAAAGGGUCGUGAUGCAAGAUUCAAAAAAUACAUUGGCCAUAGCGCUCACGUGACCAAUGUCAGAUGGUUAUAUGACGAUUCAACGCUGCUCACUGUAGGUGGAGCAGAUACAGCGCUCAUGAUCUGGACAAGAGACGCAUUUGGCAAUUUAGAGAGCAAACCCGUGGACAGCGAAGAGUCGGAUACUGAUGCGGAGGAAGAUGGAGGUUAUGACAGUGAUGUUGCAAGAGAGAAAUCAGUUGAUUACACCACUAAAAUCUACGCGGUGAGCAUACGAGAAAUGGAAGGAACAAAGCCACAUCAGCAGAUAAAGGAGGCGUCUGUGGAGGAAAGACCAUCGGUUAGCCGAGCGGCUCCUCAGCCAGAAAAGCUGCAGAAGAAUAACAUCAAUAAGAAAAAGAAAACCAUUGAGGAGCUCUCUUUGGAACAUGUAUUUGGAUACCGAGGCUUUGAUUGUCGUAACAACCUCCAUUACCUCAAUGAUGGUACAGACAUCGUCUAUCACACAGCAGCCGCUGCCAUCGUCCAGAGCCUUUCUGCAGGAAGUCAGAGCUUUUAUCUGGAGCACACGGAUGAUAUACUUUGCCUGACUGUCAAUCAACACCCAAAAUACAAGAACGUUGUAGCAACUGGACAAAUCGGUGCUACUCCCUCCAUUCAUAUCUGGGAUGCUAUGAGCAAGCAUACUCUGUCCAUACUGCGGUGCUUUCACGCUAAGGGAGUUGCAUUCAUCAAUUUUAGUGCAACAGGAAAGUUGUUGGUGUCUGUAGGUGUUGAUCCAGAAAAUACCAUAACGGUGUGGCGAUGGCAGGAAGGUUCUAAGGUCGCCAGUAAAGCAAAUCACGUGGAUCGGAUAUUUGUGGCAGAGUUUCGUCCAGACUCGGACACGCAAUUUGUAUCUGUUGGAGUAAAACACAUUAAGUUCUGGACUCUGGCUGGGAGCGCUUUACUCUAUAAGAAAGGGAUUGUCGGAUCUGUGGACAAUGCCAAAAUGCAGACAAUGCUCUCCGUUGCCUUUGGGGCUAAUAGCCUCACCUUCACCGGUGCCAUAAAUGGAGAUGUCUACGUCUGGAAAGAUCACUUUCUAAUCCGACUGGUGGCUAAAGCACACACAGGCCCCGUCUUCACAAUGUAUACAACGCUACGUGAUGGACUCAUUGUAACCGGUGGAAAGGAACGCCCGACAAAAGAAGGGGGCGCCGUUAAGCUAUGGGAUCAGGAAAUGAAACGUUGCCGAGCAUUUCAGCUGGAGACAGGCCAAGCCCUGGACUGUGUGCGCUCAGUAUGCAGAGGCAAGGGCAAAAUUUUGGUGGGGACCAAAGAUGGAGAAAUAAUUGAAGUCGGAGAAAAAAAUGCUGCUUCCAAUAUCCUAAUUAAUGGUCAUGUAGAAGGAGAGAUCUGGGGUCUUGCAGCACAUCCAUCCAAGGACAUAUUCCUCACAGCAAGUAAUGAUGGCACUGCAAGGGUAUGGGACCUUGCCGAUAAAAAGCUUCUGAACAAAGUGAGUUUGGGUUAUGCCGCAUGUUGCGCAGCCUACAGCCCUAAUGGAGAAAUGGUAACAAUUGGCAUGAGGAACGGAGAGUUUGUUAUUCUGCUUGUCAAUUCUCUGAAAGUGUGGGGCAAGAAAAGAGACCGCAAAGGAGCUAUCCAGGACAUCAGGAUAAGUCCUGAUAAUAAAUACCUGGCUGUUGGAUCGGCAGAAAACACAGUCGAUUUUUAUGAUAUUACUCAAGGGUCUUCAUUGAACAGGAUCGGUUACUGCAAAGACAUCCCCAGUUUUGUGAUACAGAUGGAUUUCUCUGCAGAUAGUAAAUACAUUCAGGUAGCAACCGGGGCUUACAAGCGACAAGUACAUGAAGUGCCAUCUGGCAAGCAAAUAAUAGAUGGUGCCUUGAUAGAGAAGAUUACCUGGGCUACUUGGACAAGCAUCCUGGGAGAUGAAGUGAUCGGUAUCUGGCCACGUAAUGCGGAUAAAGCUGAUGUCAACUGCGCAUGCGUGUCACACGCUGGACUCAACAUUGUUACAGGAGACGACUUCGGCCUGGUUAAACUCUUUGACUUUCCUUGCACUGAGAAAUUUGCCAAACACAAACGAUACUUUGGUCAUUCGGCACAUGUGACUAAUGUCCGUUUUUCGCACGAUGACAAGUAUGUCAUGAGCACUGGAGGGGAUGACUGCAGCGUGUUUGUCUGGAGAUGCCUUUAAAAGCAGAGGAAUGCUUGCAUCACGGUGACUUGAAACGCGUGGUGGCAGCCGCCGCACACAUCCAUGUAAAUGCUGCUUGGGUUUCUUGUGUCAACUGGACUGGAAGGACAACAGUGUAGAGAUGGGACCUGUUACUUCCAAGUGAUGAAAAGCUAUUUUUUGGGGCACAAUGCAUCACUUUACUUCCAAGAAGACUGAUCUUACAAAGAAACACAUCCAUCCAAACAUGAUUACUUUAGCCUUUCACUAUAUUUUAGAUUUUAUAGAGGUGUAAAUUGAAUCAACCGCUUUGCAGCCCAUUGAUAUCUGAAACGCGACUUUACUCUAUCGACGGAUCUAAUAGAGCUGCAUCCUUAGUGAAAACGAUAA